AUGACUGGGUCGACUUAUGGCCUUCCUGAUCCCGCCGAACCGCCCACUCCGUUUCCUGACAUCGAGGACGAGGUUGGCACCCACGAGAAAGAGUCGAGCCACAAAACACGAAAGCACGGCGAUGUCCAUCCGAGGGACAAAAGAUCUGUCUCUGGGAACAUCCUGUCCCGCCUGACGUUCCUACGCUCGAAUAGUAGCGAUCAAGUGACAAGCAAUGGCGUGGAAGCGGAUGGCUUCGAAGUUCAGCAGCCUGGGCGGAAUGCCAUGGCGGAGGCGCAAGCUCAGGCGAAGCGAAAAAGAAAGGGAUCUUUGAGGAAGACGGUCUUGGGUAAAGGAAGAGAUAGAAGGAGUUCCGAUGUGAAGAGAUCACCAUUGUCGAGCGCCAACACCCCUGCUACAGAAACACCGGGAGAGGAGCGGUCGCCGCCCACACCCCGAGCUGGCCACGAGAUGUCUAGUCCUGUGUCGCCCGAUUCUCCACCCCCGUGGCCGUUUCGAACUCUCUCGCGCGUCUCUAUUCCAUCCAUCCGCAGCAGCAUCGCCUCUAUCGACCCGGCCUCGUCUGUUGCCUCCAUCAUGAGCCCUCCCAUGGCGCCCACCGAUGCCUCAACCGACGAAGAAGAGCUAGUCCUCCGGCAAAUGCCUUCUCUACGGAAACUCCCUUCGUCGGUGUCGUCUAUUGGGGACUCGUAUGCGCCGAUCCAAGAUCCCAUGCGGCGCACGUUUGGUUCCCGCACUCGGUCACCACUGGCCACACAGCCCCAAUCAUCAGUUGGCACUCCUUCGGAGGACGAAGGUUGGGAUUACUCUGAAACAGCCUUCUGGGGAUACAUGAUAUUGAUUGUCACAUGGAUUGUUUUCGUCGUGGGCAUGGGAUCUUGUUUUAGCGUUUGGUCCUGGGCAUGGGACGUGGGAGAGACGCCUUAUGCGCCUCCUGAAUUGGAAGACGACCCAACCUUGCCGAUCGUGGGCUACUAUCCUGCUUUGCUUGUUCUGACUUGUGUGAUGGCCUGGGUAUGGGUUGUUGUAGCCUGGGUGGGCAUGAAAUAUUUCAGGCAUGCGGAUUUCAAGGGCGAUGACGGAUGA